GGGUAAAAGACCUGCAAGUGGCUGUGAAUCCGACAACUACCCAAGUCAAGGCUCCAGAGGUAGGGCUGGCAGUUGGCUUGGCUGCAUUUAAGCCCAAUGCUUCAUCACCAAUUUAUUACAAUUAUUCUACAUUAACCAUCGCCAUAUGUAUGUAUCCCCUUUAGGAGGCAACUCAAACCGUCUAACCUCUUCAUUUCCACCUCCACCUCCACCCUAUAAUAUAAUCAGUUUUCUAUCUUAAUCACAAACCCAAUGAUGCGUAGUGUUUCAAGCUCGAGCUCUACAAGGGGCAUCGCUGCCAUUGUUGGCGUUGGUCCUAAUCUCGGCCGCUCAGUGGCUCGGAAGUUCGCUCACGAAGGAUACACCGUCGCAAUCCUUGCCCGCGACCUAGGGAGAUUAUCACGAUUUGCGGAUGAAAUAGCGAGGGAAGAGAAGGCGCAGGUGUACGCUAUUCGUAUCGAUUGCUCAGAAUCUCAAAGCGUUAGAGAAGCAUUCGAAGGCGUUCUCUCGUUAGGGUUUGUCGAGGUUUUGGUUUAUAAUGCUUACCAACCUAUUCCAUGGCAGUACGGCGGUCCUUCAAGCUUCACUGACAUUCGACUAGAUUCGUUUCAAAAAUCCCUAACUGUCUCUUCCGUUAGUGCUUUACACUGUGCUCAACAGGUGUUGCCAGGAAUGGUGGAAAGAGGAAGAGGGACCAUUAUAUUCACCGGAUGUGCUGCUUCUUUAUCAGGCGUCGCCGGAUUCUCUGAAUUAUGUUGUGGGAAGUUUGCAUUAAGAGGAUUAUCCCAAUGUUUGGCUAAAGAAUUUCAUCCACUUGGUAUACACGUAGCACAUGUCAUCAUCGACGGCGUUAUUGGUGCAUCUAGUCUGGUUUUGCAGGGCAUUAGCGAUGCAACAAAGAUCGUUUGUUGGUGAACAAGAGAGUGUAGGAGGGGACGGAUCGAUCGACCCUGAUUCGGUGGCUCAGACCUACUGGUAUUUGCACAUUCAGCCUCGGGCUGCUUGGACUCAAGAAAUAGAUGUUCGCUCACCGAACCCCAAAUUCUUCUAAAAAGUUGCAGCAUACGUAUGAUUAUUUUAUAUUAUUUAUCUUUUGUUUAAUAGUUUGUUUUGUGUUUGCUUAUUUAUAUGUAUCUACUCCAGAACUUUGAAAAUAGAAAUUGUUAGUGUAGAACUUUCUAUACAUAUAGGAUGCCAUUGUUAUGGAUUUGACUGUUAUUGCUUCCGUGAUAAUAAUCCUAUUAUAUGUUUUACU